AUGGAGCAGCGCGCCGCGGCGCUGGAGCAGGCCAUCGAGAAGGACCUCGCCGCGGUCGAGGCCAAGACGAAGGAGGGCCUGGCCAAGGCCGCCGGCGCCGCCAAGCUCACGGAGGAUGAGAUCGUCGAGGAGCUCGAGGACCUGCAGCAGGGCGUGCGCGAGACCAUCGAGACGGACGACUUCGACAUGGGCAAGACGCUCGGCGCGACGACCUACUUCUACAUGGAUUUCCUCAAGGCGCUCAUGGUCGUCUGCUUCGUCGCGGGCUGCGCGUCGGUGCCGUCGAUCCGCGGCUACCGCCGCGGCCGCUACUCGACGCGGACGCGGCGCGACCGCCAAAGAUUCACCUUCCCCUCCAUGUCGCCCUUCUGCAUGGACUACGAGACGGUGACGGCGACGGCGGGCUGCGCGCACGGCCGCGCGGCGUGCGACGCGCGCUACGCGCCGCGGUGCGCGCUCACGCGGCGCAUCGCGGCCGUCGACGCCGCGGCGACGGGCGUCGCCGUCGUGCUGCUGGCCAUCUUCGUCGCGACGGUCGCGGGCAAGGCGCGGAAGAUCGACGAGGCCGUGCAGACGCCGCAGGACUACAGCGUCAUGGUCACGGACCCGGACGCGGACGCGGACGACGCGGACGAGUGGCGCCAGUUCUUCGCGCGGUUCGGCGCCGUGCGCGCCGUGACCAUCACGCGCAACAACGCGAGGCUCGUCGGCGAGCUCGCGGGGCUCUGGCGGCUCCUCGCGAGCCAGGCGCUCGCGCGGCGCCGCGCGAGGGCGGCCGCGCUCGAGCGCCACGUCGCGCUCGCGCGGCGGCGCGUGCGCGCGCUCUGCGGGCUGCGCUACGACGUGUCCUGCGUCUUCGUCACCUUCGAGCGGGAGCGCGACCAGGUCGCGUGCCUCAACGCGCUCACCGUCGGCUCGUACUCCGCGCGGACGGACACGACGGGCGACCCCCGCGUGCGCAAGUUCCGGGGCCACAACGUGCUGCGCGUCAAGGAGGCGCCGGAGCCGCCGGACGUCGGCUGGCGCGAGCUCGGGAGCGUCGGCGGGGCGCGGUCGACGCUCCAAAAGUUCGCGACGGUCGCGACGGUCGCCGCGGCGCUCGUCGCCGUGUCGUCGACGAUCAUCCUCGUCGCCACGGUGCGCCGCUUCCUCAUGCUCCCGUCCUGGGGCGACGGCGUCAUCGUCGCCGUCGUCAACGCCAUCCUGCCCCAGUUCUUCAAGGUCUGGUCGAAGACCUUCGAGGUCCACCGGACGGAGUCGAGCCGGCAGCGGUCGCUGCUCCGCCAGCUCUACGCCGCGCGCCUGCUCAACGGCAUCGUCGCCGUCCUCGUGACGCCGCGCUGGACCCACAUGCUCCGGCGCGACACGCUGAACCGCCUGCGGGACAUCCUGCUCGCCGACGUCGUGACGUCGCCGCUCGCGCGCGUGCUCGUCGCGGAGGUCUUCUUCCGCUGGGACCUGAGCCAGGCCCAGAGCCGCUGGGGCCUCGCCGUCGCGACGCGGCUGCGGACCUGGAAGGACGGGCCGUUGGGCGACUGGGUACCCAGGACCGUGAUCGACGACGGCGCGGCGUACGACGUCCUGCCGCGGUCGUUCUCCACGCUCGACGCGUCGCGGAAGCUGCUCGACGGCGACCUCGCGGAGCGGCUCGCGGACGCCGUCAAGGUCGUCAUCAACGCGACCAUGUACUCGCUCCUCUUCCCCGGCGGCUGGUUUUUGGGGCUCGGCGCGCUCGCGCUCAACUACGUCGUCGACAAGUACCUCCUGCUCCGGCGGCUCCGGCCGCCGCGCGCGCGGGACCCCCACAUCGUCUCCGCGGCGGCGCAGGACCUGCUGUGCCUCGUGCCUUUGAUGAAGUUCGGCGUGUCGUUGGCGCUGGCGGUCUGCUGGCCCUUCGACGAGGCCGUCGCGAUGAAGGGCGGCGGCUUCCGCGUCGUCGACAAGGGCCUGCCCUUCGGGGAGAUCCACGAUUUGGUCGACGUGCUCAAGCUCGCGGCGAACAGCGCGCGCCUGCGGCCGCGCAACUGGAUGCCCAAGGACCAGGUCAUCGCCGUGCGGCUCUACCGCUGGGCCAUCGUCGCGUCGUUCCUGCCGCUCGUGCUCCGCGGCGUCUACCUGCUCUACAAGCAGCACGUCGCCCUCCUCCGGGGCGACACGAAGCCCGAGGACCGGGGCCGCGCCCAGGACAUCCCCUUCACGGAGGCGCGCGACGCGUCGCUCCAGUGCUACGUGCCCGUCGUCCACGCGGACGGCUUCGUUUUGUGCGAGUGCGCGAACGUCAAGUCCGUGCCCUUCGACCACCUGCCCAAGUUCGGCCUGCCCCACAGCACGCGCAUCGCCAAGCUCCUGGACCGCACGAAGGAGCAGGAGGCCGCGCGGCAGCGCGAGCUCCGGCGGAAGAAGAGCCGGAAGAAGCCGCGGCUCGCGCGGAACGUGGCCGCGGCCUACGACCUGAGCCGCCUCCUCUGCACGUGCCUCGACCGGGACCGCGCGGCGACGGCGCGCAAGAGCCUGAGCCUCAUCGAGUACUUCGAGCCGCCGCCGCCGCGGACGUGCGCGCCGCGGUGCCUCGCGGUCGUCCAAGACGACCGCGUCGCCGCGAGCCGCGAGGCCGUGCACGAGGCGCUCCUCGCGGACGUUGGCGACGCGCUGGGCCGCGACGCCACCGGCGCGGCGAUCAAGGACGACGCGGACGUCGAGCGCGCGGCCUUCCGCGUCGCCGAGGGCCGCGCGUUCCGGCCGAGGAAGCCGAAGAGGAAGAAAAGGAAGUCGGGCGCGAGGACGCUCCCGGACUGGUCCCUCGCCGCCGCGGAGGCGUCGGACCGCGAGGACGCGCUCUUCCUCGACUUCGAGCGCUUCGUCGGUGCGGUGCACGACUGCGGCGCGUGCGCGUGCGGCGCGCUCCAGCGGAACCGCCUCGGCCGCCUCUUCAACGCGCUCGCGCGCGAGCGCGACGACCUCGUCACGGCCGCGCGCUUCGCGAAGCGCGUCGUCGCGGCCUACAAGGCCCGCCACGCGCCCAAGGGGCCGCCGCCGGGCCGGAAGCCGCCCGCGAAGCUCUACGAGGCCCGGGACCUGCCGCGGCUCGUGCUGCCGCCGGAGUUCCCCCACGUCGACGCGGAGGCGGACGACGAGGCGCGCGACGCCGCGCGCCACGUCCGCAACGCCGCGCGGGGGCGGCGGCGGCGCGGCGACCGGCGCGACCGGGACGAGACCUACGCGUCGCGCGGGUCCGCGCGGACGCGCGCGCGGCCCGCGGAGCGGCCCGCGGAGAAGGCCGUGGCGCUCGCGGCGGGCGACGACGCCUGGCUCGCGUGCCUGGACCGCGAGAACCGGCCGGACCGGCUCAACGGCGCCGCGGCGAUCCGCGUCUUCACGCCGCGCGGCGCGCCGCCGCCGCCGGGCUGGCGGCGGCGGCCCCUCGCGCCGCCGGCGCCGCCGCCGGAGGACCGCGCGAGCGACGGCGGCUCCUGCCUGUCGUCCGUCGCCUCGUCGCGGCCGUCGGAGUACCGCUGGAAAGACGGCGAGGUUGUCUCCUCGCUGAGCCAGUCCGGCGACCGGGGCCCGAUCGCCGUCGUCCGCGUGCCCCGCCUCAGCGCGACGACGAUGAGCGUGCGCCGGUCCGCCUUCGUGAGCAGGGACCACCACGACUUGCGCGUGCCCACGAAGCGCGCCAGGCCGGGCCCCCGCAAGUAG